UAAUUUUCUGUAGAAUUAAUAUUUUCUAUUUUUUCUGUGACUGUAUAAAUUUUUGUUGUUGAAUUUUGGUUAUAGAUUUGAGGAGAUUUAGUCAUUUACUUGUAAAUUUUCUAAAACAAAGACAUAAGUGUUCUAGGCAUUUUGCUUUCUAAAGCUUAAAAAAAUACUAUAGUUUUAAUUUUUUUUUUCUAAAGCACUAUUGAAAGAGAUUUGUGAUUUAGAAAAAAAAUGGCUGUAAAAAUAUAUAUAUUCUAUCACUUGCCAAUCAUCACCUUUGUUUCUUACAUUAGUUCCAACUUUUAUUAUUGCUGGGGUUAGGUCAAAUAUGAGACAUUUUGUCAUACUCCGGAUAUUAUACGAAUCAGCCCGUUGCAAUAUAACUAUAGCCUCAGUUAAAAAAGAAGAAGAUAACUAUAAUUUUUGCAGAUAAAUAUAACGCUUAUAACAAUAUCAGUGGAAGUAAAAAAGUUAAAAUGUUUAUGACAUGAGGUUUUAUGUAAGGAAAUCUGAUAAAAAGUGUAUAUUUCUAGAAAGAGCUAAAUAGUUUGUGGGGUUUUUUAAAGAGUUUUAUAUGUAGUUUGAUUUUGUUAGUCUAAAUAUAUAUAUGAAUAGAUGUAGUCAUGAAACAUGACAACAGAGCAUCCGAAUAUGGAGAAUAUGCUAACUUUGUCAACCUAAAUACAUUUUUUUUGGGGUAAAAUGUAAAGAUAUUAUUACCAAGCUUUUCAAUUUUUCGACAGAAAUACAAUGGAGACAAGAAGCGGACGAAAGAAAAUAAAACCUAAACAACAACUCGAUCUAUCUAGCCGAAACCGACCCAACAAGCAAAACCGCUGAUCAGAGGCAUCAGCUUAUUCCACACUUACCACUUGCCGCAAAAAGAAGAGCCCGUUAAAACGAGAGUCAGACCUAAAUACAUGUGCAAGGACCAGCCAUGCCAUGCCGCCUCUAAAGACAAACUUAAAUAUAUGUGGAACAAGAAUUUCAUGAACAAAAUAUGUGUAUACAAAUGCGGAAAAUGUAUAAUUCAAAAAUGAAGAUUGUGCUAUUAAUUGAGGGAAAAUCUUAAUGAAUGUGAAUAAGUCUAUGAUAAAUUCAAGUUAAAGGCUCACAGUUCUGGCAUUCUGUUUAGAAUUUGUUUCAUUUCAGUUUUCACAUGUUUGGUUUUUACGAUUCUAGCAUAUCAUAUAUCUAUAGGAAUUUUAAUGUUUGUGCCAAUUCUUUUGCAAAAUUGUCUAGAACGUGAAUUUUAUUAUUUUCCUCUAGAAGACAGAAGAUCAUUAUUCUUUGGAACAAAUUUUCUUCGGACCAAUAUUUGUUUUAAUUAAAUGCCGGCUAGUUGACAAAAAAAUAAACAAUGCAUUGUAGUACUGUAAAUUAUUAUGGAUGAAACGUAUUGAGGAAAUAUUUUUAACCAAAACACAUUCUUACUUUUAUUUUCGAGGCAAGAAAUGCUAGAUAGGUGUAUAUACACUGUCUGAUACCAAAGGACCAUUAGCUUUUUCUGUUUCUUUAACACAAUUUUGCUCAUGAAUAAUACUUUUUAUCAGAAAUCGGAAUCUUUUUGGAUCAAACACUAUAAAUUAGAAUCUUAGACUUGGCCCAUUGAUCGGUCAAAAAGAUAGUAUUCUAAGUGUAUGUUCCAAAAACUUCAAAUCUCUAGAAUGUCACCCUCUUGAGAAAUAAUUGAAGUAAAAAAAAAUCAGAGUUUAAAACACAUGUUAUCAUAGUCUUAUUUUAAUCAUCCAUUAACAAUUUGUAACUCAAUGUUCGAGAGACAUUAUUUUAAUAACAUAAUUAAUUACUUGAUGUUUGUAUUUGUGUUUAUAUAUUUUUUCCAUGCAAUCACUUGGUAUUCCCUUAGGUACCGGUUCUUGUUUAUAAGAAAACUCGAUGGAAAUCAAGUAGUAUUCACACACAACGUGCACACAUAUGCUAGUAGCAUCUUAAUAUCGUUCAAGACACAUGAGAAGUACAAUUGUGAUUCUUUUUUUUUACCAUAAGAAGCGACCCCACCGCAGGCAUCCACUUCAAUUUGUGUUUGUUUGUUUUUGUAAUAAUCUUAUCAAAACAUUUUUUAUAAAAAAAAUAAUCUUAUCAAAACUCUAAACGGUCAUAUCAGAGAAUGGUCAGCUUUGCUUUUCUUCUCAUUCUUCUAUAUAUUCAUCUAUAAAUACCUUCUCACACCUUCUCCAUUCUGCACACACAUCUAUAAUACAAAAAGGAUCAUCAAAACAGUUGUUUAAACUCUCUCAUCUCUUAAGUUGCUACGUUUUUGUUUGUAUUUUCCGAUACGUACCAUGGAUUGCAGAUCAUCUAUGGAGUCAUCGGAAACCCUAAGGAACAAGUGCGCAGCUUGUUAUAAACAAUUCAACAAAUUCGAACAUUUAGUGGAGCACAUGAAGAUCUCGUAUCACUCCGGUCAUGAGCCUAUGUGUGGCGUUUGCAAGAAACAUUGCCGUUCUUUUGAGUCCCUCCGGGAACAUCUCAUAGGGCCAUUGCCAAAACAAGAAUGCAAGAACAUUUUCAGCUUUCGCGGAUGCAGAUUCUGCUUGAUGAUCCUCGAAACCCCGAACGCUCGUAGGAUCCAUCAAGAGAGAUGCCAAUUUUCGAGCGUCAAUGCUGGAUUGACGACUCGUAUGGCGGCCUUAGGCGUAAGAGAUAAGGCCAUGAUCGACUACACGUCGUCUAGAUCCCCAAAAGUGGUUGCACUCUCUUGCAAGAUGGUAGGAGGGGGAAGCGACGGGUCGCUGGAUCUAUGCGCAAGGGUUUGCAUAACGGAUGAGAGCGACAACGUUGUGUUCCAUACGUACGUGAAACCGCCAAUGCCCGUGACGAACUAUAGGUAUGAGAAGACCGGCAUACGUCCGGAGAAUCUAAGGGACGCAAUGCCCUUGAAACAUGCACAAAGAAAGAUUCAAGAGUUUCUUUGUAAUGGAGAACCCAUGUGGAAGAUUCGUCCAAGAGGUGGGAAAGGGAGGAUUCUCGUGGGACAUGGCCUCGAUCACGAUCUUGACCGCCUUCAACUUGAAUAUCCUUCUUCCAUGAUAAGGGAUACUGCGAAAUACCCUCCGUUGAUGAAAACAAGCAAGCUGAGCAAUUCCCUCAAGUACUUGACCCAAGCCUAUCUCGGGUAUGAUGUUCAUGUUGGGAUACAAGACCCAUACGAAGAUUGUGUAGCGACGAUGAGGCUUUACACGAGAAUGAGAUAUCAGAAACACAAGAUUGAAGCUUAUCCUUUAGCUGCCGACGCGCACAACCGUAGCAAUCAAGUGGCUUGGAGGCAGAACGAGUUCGAGAGGAUGUCUCCUGAUGAAAUGCUUUCCAUCUCUCGAUCCGACUACUAUUGCUGGUGCUUGGACUCCCUCGCCUGAUUUCUAAAACUAUGGGGUUAAGUUGAGGAAUUUCACAUAAUAACUUCGUAAACUUUUUUCAAGAUAUUAAAUUUAGUAGCGUAAUGUCGAAUAAGAAUCAGUUGUUAUUUUUAAUAUAUACUAGUAUCUAAAUUUUAUAGUAUGUGUCGUGUGAGACGCAUAAAUUGUUACUGUACUUGUAAUAAUGCAUUGCUUUUCAAUGAUUAAUUACUUUUAGUUUAAAAUUAAUUACUAAUUAGUACUUGUACAUCUCUGUUUGUUUUAGACUUUUAAUCCAUAUAAAAAUUAUGCAAAAUUUCUAUUUUUUGAAACACACAUAAUACAAUAGUAAGUAGUAAGACAUUUUUUUCUCAAACACGGUAUGCAUUAAAAAUAUGGUUAUUAACAUGAAUAGGUAAUCGCACGGGAACUCGUUUUAUAAAGAAAAAUAUGCCACAUUUUAUAUAACUAUUUAGGAAAAAUACAAGUGUAACAUAAUUUUCUUCUAUGCAGUUUUAUUCAUUUACUGAUAAUACUAAAAAUAUAUAUUUUGUUUAUAGGUUGGUUGUAAUAAAAUUAUAAAUAUGUCAAUACCAAAUAAGAUAUAUGUCUUGUUAUCCGUUUGACUAAUUUAUUUAGAAAUAUCGAAACCAACUGAAUAUUUGAAACUAAUUAAAAAAUAAACACAUUCUAAUAUUACCAUUUACUAAAUUAAUAAGGUAAUUUAUAACGAUAACUCAAAUAUUCAUGAUUUAUUUGAAACCAUGUAAGACGUAUGUGGUCAAAAAUAUGAUUUGAUGGUAAUUUUUAGAUAUCUUCUUCCUUAACAUAUCACACAUACAUUUAUCUACUUUUUCAUUUGUAUCUUCUAUAAAGUAAAUUAUUUUCAAAGAAUUACAUACUUACAAAUUAAAGAAAAGAGAUUUUGGUAUAACAAUACACAAAUUGAAAGGAUCUUAAAUUGUUUGUGACAAUGUAAAUAUCAUUAUUUUUGAUAUAUCAAGAAAUUCAAAAUUUCAUCAAAAAAAUAUAUAAGAGACACUUAUUAAGAUAUUUUAACAAU